AUGUCGGCCCGGAAUACUCGCGCUCGCAGUGGGAAGCAGCAGCAGCAGCCUCCGCCUGCGGAGAAGCCUCCGACGAAGGGCAAGACCCGCGGUGCUGGCAGCCGCAAUGCGACCAAGGCUGUCGACAGCGCCGCCGACAAAGCGCCGGCUAAGGCCAAGCCAACGCCUAAGGGCAAGGCAGCUCCCAGCGGCGGCGCUGAGGAGCAGUUGACAGCGCAGGACGCUGCCAACGUCGACGCUAUCGACGAGGAAACCGCUCGCAAGCGUGCGUUGUCAGCUGCGACGGCCAACAACGAGGACCUCAACCCUCCUCGCAAGAAACGGUCAGAGAAGGGCGUUGCCGGUAACGUUCCCGACGUCGAGGCCGACUCUAUUGGCAAGUCUAAGCCCGAGGAGGACAAAGACGACGUCGACGCUAAGCCGAAGAAGUCUCGUAAGGCGGACUCUAACCAGCCGCUCGUGCCCAAGGCCGACUCUAUUGGCAAGUCUAAGCCCGAGGAGGACGAAGACGACGUCGACGCUAAGCCGAAGAAGUCUUGUAAGGCGGACUCUAACCAGCCGCUCGUGCCCAAGGUCGACGACGAGCAAGACGAAGAUAUGGCCGAGGUUGAGUCCGACCUCACCGUCGAGAGCGAGGACGAGUUCGCCGAGCUCCUGAGCGACAUCAACAUUAUUGAAGCCAGCAUCCCUGCUGAGGCCGCUAAGAAGAAGGCCGCCGCCGCCGUCGAGACCAAGGCCGUCCAGAAGAGGGUCGCUGGCGAGUCCAAGAAGGCCGCCAAGAUACGCGAGCUACUUGACAAGGCGAUUAUCGAACGCAAGCGCGACACCGCGGUGGUCCCCCCGGGGCACCGUGCCAAGAAGGAGCUCCUCAGCGGCACGGUCAACGCUAGCGACGAUGAGGAUGAGGACUCGGGGGAGGACUACCAAGAUGUCGAGAUGAUCGGCAAGUCGGCGGCGCCCGAGAAGCCCGCGCCCACUGCAAAGGAUAAGGGCAAGGGCAAGGAGGUCGCCCAGCCUGCGGUCGCCGCCACUCGUGCGCCCGCUGCGACAUCGCAGGCGUCUAAGGCGCCUGUGCCGUCGAAGAGUACGGGCCAGCCGUCUAAGCCUGGCCAGUCGACUGCAAGCAAGUCAGCGACGUCGGCGCGGGUGAACCCGAAGGCCAACGCCACGGCGGGACCUAGCAGGAUCCGGGUUAAGCAGGAGCCCGGUUCGCCGGUCAAGAUCAAGCAGGUGAGCUCACCUCUCGAUCCCUUCUAG